UCUGUCCAAACGACUGUGCACUAAUUUAUAGGAAAAACAUGUAGUUAGCUGAAAGGGUGCAACCAAAGAAAGCGUUUUGAAAAACAAAAAUGUUGCGUUCGGCUGCCAUAGGAACUGCGGGAAACAUCGGCAUUAAUAAUGUGAACGACCUGUCCAGGUUGGCUCGGGCGGUGGAGCAGGGGAAAGAGAACUAUGAGGGAAAAUCAUCUAGAGCUCAACGCCAACUAUCCAGGCUGCGGAAGUACAGCGCGAUCGGCGAUGAAGACGGCGGUGUUGACUUCGAUGAUGAGGAAAGCAUUGGACUGGCUUCUCUACUGGGGAGAGUCGUGACUGAAGGUCUGCGGCACGUUCACCAGCCCGACCGGAGAAUCCGACUCAAUGUGAGCGGUCUGAAGUUCGAGGUGAAGGAGAGCCUGCUGUUCCGCUACCCGCAGACUCUGCUGGGCAACUCCGAGAAACGCGCGGAGUUCUACUGUCCAGACAGCGACGACUUCUUCUUCGACAGGCACCGCCCCAGUUUUGAAGCCAUCUUUAGGUACUACCAGACAGGGAAGCUGAUCCGCCCUUCGUCUAUCCCCGUUGACGUGUUCGUGGACGAGAUGCGGUUCUUCCGACUCGGGAACGACAUCAUCAGCAGCUACCUGGAGUCCGAGGGGUACAUCUUCCCCAAGCCGAUCCACGAGAGCGACAUGCCGCCAGAGGGACACCGCCGCACGAUCUGGCGACUCAUGGACUUCCCCGAAAGCUCCAUCUUCGCCAAGAUCAUCACCUUCAUGUGCGUGUCUGUAAUAUUUAUCUCCAUCGUUGUCUUCUGUAUGGAAACUCUACCAGAUUACCGCGAUCAGGAGGUCCUCAUGGGGCAUGACAACAGCACCAACACCACAGCCAUCGAACGGGCGAGGCAAAGCUCGUUCUUCCAGAUAGAAUCCUUCUGCGUUGCCUGGUUCUGUAUCGAGCUGGGUCUCCGCUUCUACGCCUGCCCGAAGAAGCUUCCCUUCGUCAAGGACCUCCUGAACAUCUUCGACUUCGUGGCGAUCGUUCCUUACUUCGUGACUCUUCCUCUCAUUAUCUCAAACGUCUCAAUCCCGGGCAACUCCAUCGUCUUCUCCUUACUCCGGACCAUGCGUCUGACCAGGGUCUUCAGGAUCAUGAAGCUCUCCAGACACUUUAAGGAGCUGCAGACGCUGAUGAAGACGGUCCGGGCCAGUAUCGGCGUCUUGAGCAUGAUGGUGUUCUUCAUGCUGACCAUGAUGGUCCUCUACUCCAGCUGUGUCUUCUUGGCCGACAUAGACGCACCGGACACGUUUUUCGAGAGUAUUCCUGACGCCUUCUGGUGGGCGCUCGUUACCAUGACUACAAUCGGCUACGGUGACGUGUACCCCCGGACCCUGGCGGGAAAACUCAUCGGCAGCAUGUGCGUCAUCACCGGGCUGCUCGUCAUCGCCAUGCCGGUACCCAUCAUCGUCGAGAACUUCAACAACUUCUACAAGAGGGACAAGAACAUGCACAUAGCGGAGGAGUCCGUCAUGGAGAAGCUACCCAUCGACGACAGCAUCAAGACGUUCUUGGAGAACUUAAAGGAACGCUGCGCAAGGAGUUGGGUCGGAAGGCGAGUCGGUUAUGUGGGAAGGAGGAUCCGUACGCUGUGGAACAAGGACGGGGAGGGCCAGCUGCACAACCACGUCUCAUCCGCCAGGAGGCGCAAGAGACGAAGUCAGAGUCUGGGCAGCAGUCAGUUGAUAGAACUGGACGAGACAGUAGUGUCGGUGAUUUCUUCUGAACUUUGAUUCGCAAUAAAAGAAAAAAAAAUAGAUAAAUUCAUUGCUACGUAUAAACUUCGAGAAAAGAUAGUUUGAUCAACUACUGUUGUUAUGACAAGGGUGCUUGAACAAUGUACUUUGAUUCGCAAUGAAUGAAAUAGAUGUAUUCAGUGUUUCUGUACAGUAUUAAAUGACGAAGAAUGCUAACUACAGUUUAACUACUGUUAUCAUGAGAAGGGUGCUUGAACAAUGUACGUUCACAGUGUAUCAAUAUUCUGGUGCACAUUGAUUUGCAGCGAACAACUUUACAUGUAAUGCAGCAAUGUUAGAACAAGAAGGGUAGUCAGAAAAUACAGACUAUACAAUCCUUAACCUGACAUGUAGUAUAAUGAGAACAGAUACUAUAAUCUAUCUAGAUUAAGGGAAUAGAAAUUCUACAGAAGUCUGUUCUUUUGGGGAUGGCACAUGUAGUUAUAUCUACACUAACAUUUAACACCUGUUAUAAGAUUUUGGAUCUCCAACAUCUGGCCAGGUUCAUAUACUGUAUCUCAAAUGGUGGGAAAAUAAAUAAGUAAAUAUUUGGUCUUGUCGCAUCGCAUUAUUAAUCAAUAGAAACAAAUAAUAGAACACCUUGCUUCACCUCAAAUAGCGUAUGACAACCAUGCAUUUGAGUUACCAUCACACACACAUGUACAUUGUUGUAGGCUAUACUGUGUUGAUUGUGUGGUUGACAUCCUCUGGGCACCUCAAAACUGAUGCGCGUGUAUGAAAAAAAGAAGAA